GAAAGAAUGUUCCUUACAUUGGUGAUCAGUGGGAAGAAUGUCCCUUACAUUGGUGUUCAGCGGCGAAGAAUGCCCCUUACAUUGGUGAUCAGUGGGAAAGAAUGUCCCUUACAUUGGAGUGGUCAGUGGGAAGAAUGUACCCUUACAUUGGUGAUCAGUGGGAAGAAUGUUCCUUACAUUGGUGAUCAGUGAGAAGAAUGUCCCUUACAUUGGUGGUCAGUGGGAAGGAAAUGCUCCUUACAUUGGGGGUCAGUGGGAAGGAAUGCUCCUUACAUUGGAGGUCAGUGGGAAUGAAUGUCCCCUUACAUUGGUGAUCAGUGGGAAGAAUGUCCCUUACAUUGGUGCAUCAGUGGGAAGAAUGUUCCUUACAUUGGUGGUCAGUGGGAAGAAUGCCCACCUUACAUUGGGGGUCAGUGGGAAGAAUGUUCCUUACAUGGUGAUCAGU